GACGGGAUGGGAAAACUAUGCCCGGGGCCGCAUCUCUAGCUGCAGGCAGGACUGAGCAACACCAGAGCAGCGACGUCGGAUGGCCCUGGACGUGGCGCGGGGCACAGAGGCAAAAAGACUUGAUGAAGCCUUUCUUCCCAACCCAUGCCCAGAAAUAACAAUUUAGAUGACAGUUUUUAAAAAGGUGACCACCAUGAUCUCCUGGGUGCUCUUGGCCUGUGCCCUCCCGUGUGCUGCUGACCCGAUGCUUGGUGCCUUUGCUCGCAGGGACUUCCAGAAGGGUGGUCCUCAACUAGUUUGCAGCCUUCCUGGUCCCCAAGGACCACCUGGCCCUCCAGGAGCACCAGGAUCCUCAGGAAUGGUGGGAAGAAUGGGUUUUCCUGGGAAAGAUGGCCAAGAUGGCCAGGACGGAGACAGAGGGGACACUGGAGAAGAAGGUCCACCUGGCAGGACAGGCAACCGUGGGAAACAAGGACCGAAGGGCAAAGCUGGGGCCAUUGGGAGAGCUGGCCCUCGAGGACCCAAGGGGGUCAGUGGUACCCCCGGGAAGCAUGGCACACCAGGCAAGAAGGGACCUAAGGGCAAGAAAGGGGAACCUGGGCUCCCAGGCCCCUGCAGCUGCGGCAGUAGCCGAGCCAAGUCGGCCUUUUCCGUGGCGGUAACCAAGAGCUACCCACGCGAGCGACUGCCCAUCAAGUUUGACAAGAUUCUGAUGAACGAGGGUGGCCACUACAAUGCAUCCAGUGGCAAGUUCGUCUGCAGCGUGCCGGGGAUCUAUUACUUUACAUAUGACAUUACGCUGGCCAACAAACACCUGGCCAUCGGCCUGGUGCACAAUGGCCAGUAUCGCAUUCGGACUUUUGAUGCCAACACCGGCAACCACGACGUGGCCUCGGGCUCUACCAUCCUAGCUCUCAAGGAGGGUGAUGAAGUCUGGCUGCAGAUCUUCUACUCGGAGCAGAAUGGACUUUUCUACGACCCUUACUGGACCGACAGCCUGUUCACCGGCUUCCUCAUCUAUGCUGACCAAGGAGACCCCAACGAGGUAUAGACAAGCUGGGGUUGAGCCUCCAAGCAGGGACUAAGAUUCUGCAUAGGUGCUGAUGGAGGAAGACCCCUGGACUGGGGCUGGAGACUGGCAGUUUUGGGAGCUUUUAUUCCCAGACAGGCCUCCUUCUAUUGCUGCUUUAAAAAAAAAUGAUUAAAUCCAAGCUUUUGAUUCAUCUAUU